AUGCCUCAAUACGUCACUCUUCCCCCCAAGGCUUCCCCAGCCGACUCCGGUAUCUUCAUGCAGAACGACACCUCUAUGUCUGACGCCAUGGACCGCGCUGAAGAACGCGCCUCCCAGGGCCCCAAGAUCAUCAUUGAGCACAAUGGAAUCAAGUUCCAGUAUACUCCCGAGCAAAUGAUCAAGAUGGGUGCCGAACUCGAAAAGGCUCGUGCCGACGGCCUCUUUCCCAAGUCUAAGUGCCUUCAGCAGAACUUCAAGCAUAUCUUUGACGACUACAUGCGCCUCCUUCAGCUCACUGAAGCCCGUGGCGACACUCCUCGCGAACAGUGGAAUCAGAAGCGCAAUAUUGUUGAGCUCCUGAUCCAGAUCACUCGGGAGAUUCGCGACCGCGAUGAGCUCGCGGCCGAUCUUACUGAGGAUGAACGGGUCAGAGCUCAUGUUGCCAACAUGAUGAGCGGUGCCACUGCUGAGACCAAGCUCUACCGAAUUGUCCAGCAUGCCGUCUUGUACGCUGGAGCAAAGAAUGGAGGUGUUGACAAAGAUGCCGUUGUCGCUGGCCAGAACAUGGCUGCUCUCCUUGAAGGAAUUCGAGGUGUUAUCAAGGAAAUGGCCGGUCAGAGUACUCACGGCAUUGGAGAAGCCAACGUUGAAGCAGUCUUGGAGGAUAUCUUCGGUAUCAUCGACUUCGCUCUUGAGGGACAUGCCAAAGACAUGGAUAAACAAGCCAAUCGCGUCGAAGGACAGAUUAAACAUGUUGACGGCCAGAUCAUGCACCUCAACGCCAUCGGCCAGCAUGUCAACGCCAUUGAUGGUCAUGUUCACUCCCUUGGAAACAACAUCAACUCCUUCGGCACCCUUCUCAACUCGACCAACGGCAAUGUUGUUUCGCUAACCACCCAGAUCAGUCUCCUACAGACUAUUGUCAACAUGCUUCCCCGCAUGAUUGAGGAGGCCCUCAAGCAGAUGAUUCCGGGAACUCUACAAGGCGCCAUGUAUCCAAUCAUCGACGCUAUUCAGGCCCAGCUGAAAGUUAAGCUCACCAACACUAUGAAUGCCCCAGCCCGCCGAACCACAAGACAGAAGAUCUCCAAGUUUUUCUCUCGAGGCUUCAAAGGAAUUUUCAAGAAGUCUAGUGGUGGUGCCCACCUCUACUAG